GUUUAUUUUCAAUUUAUUUCAUAUUUUUGUGAAUACUUUCAAAAUGCCACCGAAGAGAUUAAAGACUGAAGUAAAAGUACCAUGGACCAAUGAACAAAAGUCGACAUUCAUUGAUCUUUGGCGAUCACGUCCUACACUCUACAUAAAUAAGAGUCCUGGUUAUAUAAAUAAAACGCAAAGAACAAUUCUUCUGAAUGAAAUAGCUACAGAAAUGAGCGAAAAGCGACCAUCAACUACAAUUGAUGAUGUGAAAGAACUUAUAAACUCCAUGACCACAAAUUUCAAUGCAUCUUAUAGGCGAUACAAGGAGAGCUGUAAAAGUGGAACUGGUUUAGUUGAAAUCCCUAAAGCUGUAAGGGAUUUAGAUUUUCUGAAAGAUAAUAUUGCUAUUCGACCUACGGUGUCAAACAUAUCAAUACCUGAUGAUAUAAAUCCUGAACUUGAAGAAUCAAUUACAAAUAUGGAAGUUAUAUUUGUUGGUGAAAACAUGGGUUACGAAGACAGCCAAGAGAAUGUUGAUGUUGAAUAUACCUUAGCUGAGCAUCUAGAAAAAAAAUCCAUCUUGAACCAAUUAUCAACUAAAACCGAGUCUCCUCAACAUUUAAGAAAAAGAAAAAAAACGGAUGAAGUAGAUGAAGCAUUUUAUUCUGCACUGAAAGACAUCUCUGGUAAAAAAUCAGAAUUUACUGUGUUUGGAGAGUAUGUUGCUGUUGAGUUAGAAAAAAUUAAAAGUAAGCGUUUGCUUUUACAAGUUAAAAAUAAAAUUAAUAAUAUUUUGACAGAAGCUUUAAUUGAUGAAAUUGAUGCAUAAAUAUUAUUGUUUGUUUAAUUGUUAUAAUGUU